ACACAAAACGGUUAUGAAUUCACUUGCUGGGACUCUAUGGGUCUAUGAUGGUUUUGAGUAGAUUUCGGCCUACAAAUCCAUUCUUGGUGGAGGGAUACGUCAUGUGCAGGGCGCUGUGAGGCAAAAUAGUCCCGACAGAAAACAUUAUUUCUCACUAUUGUACCAUCAACAACAUCCCAUAUGAAAGCUUAGAAGACACAUGUAGGUUCACGGGUGGUUUUGGGCAGUAAAUAAAUAUGACUCUGGUUGUGUUGUCAUGGCGAUGCCUGGUUCCAGUCACCACCACUGUGCAAUGAACUGGUCCAAGUCUAACCACUCUGUGCAGAAAUUUUAGGAAAGUGGGUGGAGUUGCCCUUCCACUUCAGCUGUACGAGGAAGAAGAAACUCCGAGAGGUGGGAGGAGAGAGAGGGCAGGAGAGAAAAAAAAAAGAGGAGUGGCAGAAGAAUGAGAGGAAGAGGUCAGACAGGAGGGUGUGACGUCUGAUAUCGCACGGAAGAGAGUGUAAAGCAAACGAAAGCUGAGGAAAGCAGUUUGGAUGGGAGGUGAAGGAGGUGAAAGAGGAAGAGAGAGAGAGCGAAGCACAAACAAACAGCUGAGCGGCGCAGCAGAUGACAGCAUUAAAAAUUGACACAGUGUGAAGCCUGGGGCCUGUUGACAGGAGAGAGCCACUUCCUCCAGCAUGACGUCAGAACUGGACUCCAGUUUGACCAGCAUCGACUGGCUCCCUCAGCUGGGCGUCAGCACGCUGCGCUCCGGCAAGGAGAGAGGAGAGAGGAAGAGAGAGCGAGCCAGGGAGAGAGAUACAGCCGCCCCUCCGUCCAUCCCUUCCUCCUCCCCUCCGCCCGGCUCCAAAGGGAAGCCUCCGCACAGCUACGCCACCCUCAUCGCCAUGGCGAUCAGCUCCGCCCCCGAGAGGAAGCUGAGUCUCAACGACAUUUACACCUGGAUCAGUGACACGUUCCCUUAUUACAACAGAGCAGGCCGAGGCUGGAAGAAUUCAAUUCGACACAACCUCUCCCUGAAUAAAUGCUUCCGGAAAGUUCCAAGACCGCAGAGCGACCCUGGAAAGGGCUCUUAUUGGACCAUGGAUGGAUCACCUGACCAACUUCAGGCCAGAGGAGUUAAGCGACCAUAUUCUACAGACGAGGAGAUGAUUCCUGAAAAACCUCCAUCUGCUGAAGACAAAGUACAUGUCAGUCAAGCCGAGCCCCUCCUACUUCCUCCAGACAUCAAAACCACUCUGUCCCCGCCUCCUUGCAAGCGCCCCCCUGCCCCGUUACCCACGGCUACUGCCGCCUUUUUCCCAGCGGCCGAACAGCCGCUGCGCUUCUCCUUCAGCGACCUGAACCUGCCGGACCUCUACACCUCCUUCCAGUCGCUCUGUCGCUCCAUGAGAGAGAGAGUCACCUCGCAAUCAGAUGCUCCAAAUACUCUCGGAAUACCCCAUGACUUCACGCCACUCCACACACCGACCCUGCCACCUCUGUCUCCUCACCCCUGCCCCAACACUAACCUAAACCCACACCCACACUCCGCCCACACUGCUAACAGCACCAUCCCUGCCCCCAACACUAACCCACACCCUCACUUCACCCCCACUGCUAACAGCUCCAUCCCCGCCCCCAACACUAACCUACACCCUCACUCCGCUCCCACUGCUAGCACCAUCCCCGUCCCCAACACGAACCCAAACCCUCACUCCGCCCCCACUGCCAACAGCACCAUCCCCGCCCCCAACACGAACCCAAACCCUCACUCCGCUCCCACUGCUAGCACCAUCCCCGUCCCCAACACGAACCCAAACCCUCACUCCGCCCCCACUGCCAACAGCACCAUCCCCGCCCCCAACACGAACCCAAACCCUCACUCCGCCCCCACUGCCAACAGCACCAUCCCCGCCCCCAACACGAACCCAAACCCUCACUCCGCCCCCACUGCCAACAGCACCAGCCCUGCCCCCAACACUAACCCUACAUUGACUUCCAACCAAAACCCACAGGCCAACUCUGAGCCUGACAGGCUGCUACACAACAACGUCGUUCCUGCAGACUGGUUCAGCCACGCUGACUCGUUGAGAGAGAGUUUCAGGAUUGCGAGCAGUCUGGACUGGGCCAACAUUGAUCUCACCAGCCAUCCAGACCUGAUAGAGAGCAUGCGCCAGGCGGAGCUCUGCGACUGGGCGCUGGACCCGGCACUCUUCACUUCGCUCUGCGACUCCCUCAACCGCUUCUUCACUCAGAAAGGCCUGAUUGGCUCCUCCUCAUCUGGCAGCCACCCGUCUCUGAGCCAGCUAGCUCAGCCUCAUGCCAACAUGCAGCCAGCCGCCGCGCCGACUCUGGCUAGUUUAGUCCACCCGUCUCCGCUGAGCUUUCCGCCCCAGCUCCAGUCCUGCAGUGGUGGAGCCCCACUUCAGAGCCCCAGGAAAAGCCUGACCCCUCAAAUCCAGAUUCCACAGAGGAACCUCGAGAACCAGCCAACCACCAGCCACCCUCUGCCUCCCAACGCUCUUCAAACACAACCUCUGACGCCCAGAAGUCGCCCCCCGAUGAAGCAGCUCCACAGCAACAGCGAAGAGUUCCAGGACGACUUUGAUUGGGACUCACUGGUGUGAAUACAAGACGUUUUGACUGGUGACACAAACACAUUUCAACACUUGAAUAUAAACAAGGAGGAAAACCCGGUGAUACCAGAGCCGGUUUAUGAGGAGCCACUUCUUAUUUCCCCCAUUAUAUCAAAAACAGGACUGCUGAACAGCAGAGGGCGCCUGAGAGCGAGUCCUCAAUGAAUAGGAGUGAA